AUGAUGCUGCUUCGGCCUUUCGGGAGACGACCGGUGCUUCGCAAAAGAGCUGCGUUCAGACAAGGCUGGACACGAAAGGGAUUGUCUCGCUUUCGAGUCAUCGAGCAUGUCGUUCCGACCCAACAUACGCGGCAGUGGCCGAGGGGCACUGAGGUCGGGUAUGAGAAUGCGUUGAGACUGGCGGUGAAACAGUACGUGCCGAAAAGCAACCAGGAGCCACAGCUUGGUGAUAUCACUUUUAUAGCCGCUCAAGGCAAUGGCUUCCCAAAGGAGAUGUACGAGCCCCUGCUUGACGACCUUGAAGAGAGUGUGAGCGGUCUGGGGAGGAAAAUCCGGUCCAUAUGGAUCGCCGACAUGGCCCAUCAAGGUCAAAGUUACGUCCUCAAUGAAAACGCUGUAGGAAAUGACCCAAACUGGUGGGACUUUGCAAGGGACCUUCUCUACCUGAUCAACCAGAAACAAGGGGAUAUGCCACAGCCUCUUGUCGGUGUUGGCCAUAGCAUGGGCGGGACACAACUGGCGCAACUCGCACUUUUACAUCCUCGGUUGCUGCAGGCCCUUGUCCUGAUCGACCCGGUCAUUCAGACAGAAAAUCCAAGCAAAACGUAUGCUCCGGCGGCAACAUAUCGACGUGAUCUUUGGCCUUCCCGGCAAGAAGCUGCGGAGAAGUUUGCCGCUAGCAAGUUCUACCAAACCUGGGAUCCUCGGGUGUUGCAAGAAUGGAGUGAAUAUGGCCUUCGGGAGCUUCCGACUGCGAUGUACCCCGACAGAGGUACUAGUCCGGAGCCCCCGGUCACCCUGACGACUCCCAAAGCGCAGGAAGUCUUUUCUUAUCUAAGGCCGAAAUACUAUGGCUCACCGGACAUCCCACCUGAGGAAGAUUGGGCCGUGUACGGAGACAUUCAUCCUGACGAUGUGGAAGACUAUCCAUUUUACAGGCCAGAACCAGCCCAGACCUUCAGAAGGCUCCCCGAAUUGAAACCACCGGUCUUGUAUAUUUUUGGGGCCAAGUCUGAGCUAGCGACACCAGAUCUGAGACGAAAAAAGAUGGAAACCACAGGGAGCGGAAUCGGGGGAAGUGGAGGUCAGAAGAACGGUAAAGUGGAAGAGGUCGUCCUUGACUGUGGUCACCUGGUACCACUGGAGAGAGUCAAGGAGUGUGCGGACGCAGCAGCUCGCUUCAGCGUGUCUGAGGUCACUCGUUGGGAAGACAUGACCCGAGACUGGCAACGGCGUUGGCUAGAAAAGCCUCCACGAGAAAGAAUAGGCAUAGAUGACCGGUGGAAAGAAGCGAUCGGACCUAGACCGUCGAAGCAAUGA